UUUUACUCAAAGGACCCCCGUGCAGGCGGACAGGCCGCUCUUUCUGCGCCUCUCAUGUGCUUUUUAUCAGAUGGAAGCGGACGUGUUGAACCCGCAGAUUAUGGCGGACGUUAACGGGAACAAUAAAAUCUCCGGCGCCGAGCUGGAGGUGUUGAAGCUGCAGGAGCUGGUGCGCAAACUGGAAAAGCAAAACGAACAAUUGCGGACUCGAGCGAACGCGGUCGGGCCGACCGCGUUGUCGUGGCCGCACAAAGCCUGUCCCGGCGAGCGGCGCCCUUACAGCGAGCCCAUCGACUACUUCCAGCCGAGCUUGGCGCGUCUGGACGCGGCCGAGCCGGACGGCGGUGCCGCUGGACCCGCGACCCUCCUGGAGGAGCUGGACCUGUUAGACCUGAACGCGGUGCUGCCGGUCGGGAACCCCGAGAGCUGGCUGUAUGUGAGUCCCAAAGCCAAGCCACAGGCCCAGAGUUCACUCAGCCCUCUUCAGUGGUGCAGGCAGGUACUGGACCACCCGGGACCGGAGGUGGAGCUGGCUAAGAUGACCCUCUGUCACAGGCUGGACCAAGCUAAGCGGUGGCGAGGAGUGUCCUCCGUCCGUCCGUACAGCUGCAUAGAGGGACUGUCCACCAUCAGCUGUCCCGUGCUGCCUUACACUAAACCCGCCGCGCUAACCGAGUCCCCAGCUCCAAUCCUGUCAUGCAGUCAGGCUUUGGUGCCGCCGGCGCUCAGAGCGAGCUGCAGCCUGAGUGGCAGAUCUCCCACCUUCUUAUCCAACGCCACCCUCCACAAUGCAGGCCGCCGGCACGCAGCAAUCAGCCCACAGUCAUCGGUGGACAGCGAGGCGGGUGUGUCAGAGCUGGAGGACGACUCCAUCAUGAGCUACAAGCUGCAUGACAUGACCGACGUGGAGGUCAUGGCACGACUUCAGGAGGAGAGUCUCCGACAGGACUACGCUUCUACCUCGGCCACAACCAGCCGCCGCAGUUCCAGCUUCUCCAUACAGUCCCUCAGGUGCAGCCAGCUGGACCUGGAGGAGGAGGACGAGGAGCACCAAGGCUACGACCAGCUGCCUCCUCCUCAGCCCCGCCUCUUUCGCACAGGCUCUAUGCAGCGGGGCGGUCUGCCCCACUCUCACACCUUCUCCAGUAUCAGAGACUGCAGGCGCAGCUCAUCCAGCCCUCAGUAUUCCCUGAGCGGACUGUCUCAGUACUCUGGAUCGUCCAGCCUGACCACAGAAACACACACAGUGUACAGGAACUCCACAGACAAACUACGGAGAAGCUUGCCCAACCUGAUCCGAACUCCCAGCAUGCCAAGUGUUCCCAGCAUUCCUUGCCUGGCUUCCCCUGUCAACCCCUCACCCGGCCCCUCCUCUUUGCCAACAAUGCCCUCCCUCCGGAACAGUCAGAGCUUUGACUCGUCUAGCGCGCUCACACGCCUCCAGUCCUUCAUUCCAUCACCAGGCCAACUCAGUCAGCGGGUCCAGAGCGUGGGGAAUUUUCCAACCAUGACCCGACAUCCACUAAAAGCCACAGCCUACGUAAGCCCUACAGUCCAGCAGAGCCCCGCCUCCACCGCCUUGACCACCUCCACCAGUCUCCACUCCAUCCCCAGCAGUGCCGCACUGCCUCAGCCCCUCAAACCCAGCGGCAGUUUGGUACCUCAGCCCCUGAAAGUCGCCGCCAACCAGCCGGCCGUCACCCGCAGCUCCCUGCCUCGCCCGGCUUCUUUUGUAGGAACCGCCGCAACUAUGCGAUCUAGCAAAAUCUCCCUGCCCACACGCAGUUUGCUGACUCCCCCAAAGAGCCUGUCUGCGCUGAGCACCCUGAGGGACGGCAGCUGGAAAGACGGCUGCUACUGAGACCAGUUAAACUGACGUGCACGGGUUGAACAGGGUAACGCUGCGCGAGAAAAACAGAUUCAAACCCGUGCUGACAGGCGAGCCCAGACUUUGGCUGUGAACUUUGAAGGAUGGACCAUGUGGGGUGCAGUACAGGUCCAGCAGGCUGGAUCUUAACUUUAGUACCUGAUAUAAGAUGGACACUGUGGUGCAGCCUGGAAAUGUUCUCAAAAUUAGAUGUUAAGAAACCAUGAACCUGAACCUCUU